GCGGAUUCAUAAAAGUGAGUUUCUUGCCGGAUCGGUCUACGUUGGGUUUGCUUAUCAGAUCUAGUUUACUUGUGGGUCCUUUGAAAUCAAAAUCUGGUUGGGUAGAUUCUAGGGUUUAUAUCUGAUUAGUAGGACGAAAUUGAACUGAAUAGUAGAAUAUGUCUCAGUGAUUACGUAAAGUUAGGGUCACAGUUCUGUAUCCUUGAACGCACACAAUGGUUUCGUUUCCCGCUACAACAGAGACAAUCUCUCUAGCUCUAGAAGCCAACAGCUCAGAAGCUAUUCAGAUACUCUACCAGGUCUUGGAAGACCCUUCUUCAUCUCCAGAGGCUCUCCGUGUCAAGGAGCAAGCCAUCACCAACCUCUGCGAGCGUCUCACCGAAGAGAAGAGAGGCGAGGAUCUCCGGACGCUGUUGACCAAGCUGAGACCCUUCUUCUCUCUAAUCCCCAAGGCCAAAACCGCGAAAAUCGUCAGAGGGAUCAUCGACGCCCUGGCCAAGAUCCCCGGAACGACCCAUCUCCAGAUCACUCUCUGCAAGGAGAUGGUGGCGUGGACCCGCGCCGAGAAGCGUACUUUCCUCAGGCAGCGUGUGGAGGCAAGGCUUGCUGCUCUUUUGAUGGAGAACAAGGAGUAUGUUGAGGCGUUGGCGUUGUUGACUACUCUUGUGAAGGAGGUUAGGAGGUUAGAUGAUAAGCUUCUUCUUGUUGACAUUGACUUGCUUGAGAGCAAACUUCACUUCUCGUUGAGAAACUUACCCAAGGCGAAAGCUGCUUUGACCGCAGCGAGGACUGCUGCUAACGCUAUCUAUGUUCCACCGGCGCAGCAAGGGACCAUUGAUCUGCAGAGUGGGAUCCUUCACGCUGAGGAGAAGGACUACAAAACGGGAUACAGCUACUUCUUUGAAGCCUUUGAGUCUUUCAACGCUCUUGGAGAUUCGAGAGCUGUUUUCAGUUUGAAGUACAUGUUGUUGUGUAAGAUCAUGGUCAGCCAAGCUGAUGAUGUUGCAGGGAUAAUCUCCUCAAAGGCGGGACUCCAGUACGUUGGCCCUGAUCUUGAUGCCAUGAAGGCGGUGGCUGAUGCACACUCGAAGAGGUCCUUGAAGCUGUUCGAGAAUGCGCUACGUGACUACAAGGCGCAGCUGGAGGAUGAUCCAAUUGUCCACAGGCAUCUCUCUUCUCUUUAUGAUACGCUUUUGGAGCAGAACCUGUGCCGUUUGAUUGAGCCCUUCUCACGAGUUGAGAUAGCUCACAUUGCGGAGCUGAUUGGAUUGCCGGUUGACCAUGUGGAGAAGAAGCUGUCUCAGAUGAUUCUUGACAAGAAAUUCGCAGGUACAUUGGACCAAGGAGCUGGGUGUCUCAUCAUAUUUGAAGAUCCAAAGGCGGAUGCGAUCUACUCGGCUACUCUUGACACCAUUGCAAACAUGGAGAAGGUCGUUGACAGCCUUUAUGUCCGGUCUGCCAAAAUCAUGGCUUGAAUGAGUGAUUGACUUCGUCGUUCUAUCUAUUUCUUUACUCCCUUUUUCGGUUUCUUAGUUAAUCGUUUGGACUCGAAAGUGAAACUGUUUGGAUCGUUCCCAUUACAGAUGCAUGUAUUUGUCUUUACUGCUUUACAGUCUUAGGAUUUGUUUACGUAUGAAUGUUGCAGUUUCCUUCUCUUUCAACUUUGAAUGGUUUAUUUACUGCUCUGCAUU